AUGGCGGUAAUGAUCCCCCUUCUCAACCUCCUCAGCUUUGGCCUCGUGCCUGGAGGAGAUGCUGUGGGCAUCAGUCAACUCGCCGUCCACGCAUCUGGAGAAAUCCAGGCCCUCAACAUCAUGCGCAGACAGGCUCCGCUGGUCUCGCAGCUUCCAAGCACAGCGGUGGACUGCCGAAUGCUGAACUUCAGCCGCGUGGAGCACGUGUGCCCAUCGGAAAUGACAGGUGAGGAGUUCUGCAAGACAAGGAUGUUCAUGGACGUUCACGGAAACUUGCGGCCCUGCAAUUGGUUCACCAUCGGCCCCAAGAAUCCCCCGAACUGCGACUGGGAUGGCAAGCUGACCUGCGACGAAGAGUCCACUGAAGCGAUCAAGCAAACAAGGCGAGCGCAGCUGGCAGCCAGGGGAGCGAGGAUGGACGAAUGA